AUGCCAGGAAGUACGACGGUAGGAAGGAUAAAGCCACUUCAACUCUGCAUAAAAACUAGAAAUAUCCUCAGAGACGCUCAAUAUACCGUGAUCCUCUCCGCUCUCGUAGCCGUGGCUUGCGCCGCCUCCUAUGGUUACCACGAGUCCCAUGAACACGCAUACUCGACCCAGAACCAAGUCAACUACGUCGAGCAUUCUGUUCCAGUCGAGAUCAAAGUCAAGUCAGCUCCAGCAGUCCACCAUGUUCCAGUCGUCCACCAUGUUCCAGUAGUACAUCAUGUUCCAGUGGUACACCACGUCGAGACCCCUUCAUAUCACCACUAAAUUACUGCCCUUGACUUUAAACACCUGUCAUCAUUUCUCCGAAAUCAUCCAUAAAAUUUAUUUAUGUAUUUAUUAUCUGUGGC